AUGCCUCCUAAGAAAGCUGCAACCAAGCCCGCAGCGCGGGCCACCGCUGCGACUAAAAAGAAAACAGCUGCUUCGACUACCGCAAAAGAUAUCGCAGCAACCAAAAAUACAACUCAAGGACGUUCAGCUACUGCCACCAGGAACACCGCGAAAACUAAAGCUUCCACGACACGCAAGACUCCUAAAACAGAAGACGCCAACGCCACAAAAGAUGUGAGAUAUGCACCUGUCCAACCUACCAGAAAGCGCAGAGCCGAAGCCGGGGAUGAGAGCGAGGCUAGUCAAUCGGUCAAACGAGCUCGUGUUGCGAAGCCUGUCGCCACGAAGCAAAAGCCAAAGGUCGUCAUCAAUAAUGCGCCGGGUACCAAGCUGAACGUUUAUGUCUGUGGUGAAGGUAGCUCUGGUGAACUUGGUCUAGGCGUCGGCAAGAACGUUAUCGACGUGAAGCGCCCGCGCCUCAAUCCCCACUUACCAUCGGAUACUGUCGGCGUCGUGCAAGUCACUGUCGGCGGUAUGCAUUGCGUCGCCCUUACGCAUGACAAUCAUAUCCUUACUUGGGGUGUAAAUGACCAAGGCGCCCUUGGAAGGGACACGACAUGGGACGGCGGAUACAAGGACAUGGACAAAGAUGACUCUGACUCUGAUUCGGACUCGGAGGACAGUCCUGAUCUAAACCCCCACGAAAGCACGCCAACUGCCAUUCCUUCUAGUGUUUUCCCUGAGGGUACAGUAUUUGUUGAAGUUGCCGCUGGCGACAGCUCAAGCUUUGCUCUCACCGAUGAUGGCCAAGUGUACGGCUGGGGAACUUUUAGGAGCAACGAUGGUAUUCUUGGUUUCGAUGCCAGCGUCAAGGUUCAGACAGUCCCAACACUAGUUACAGCUCUCAAGAAAAUAAAGCAUUUGGUAUGCGGGGAUAAUCACGUCCUCGCUUUGAACGAUAAAGGUGCUGUCUUUUCGUGGGGCUCUGGCCAGCAAAACCAACUCGGCCGUCGUAUCAUUGAGCGGAAUAAAUUAAAUGGGCUUCAGCCACGGGAGUUUGGGCUUCCUAAGGGCAUUGUUCACAUUGGUGCUGGCGCUUUCCAUUCCUUCGCCGUACACCAAUCCGGCAAAGUAUACGCCUGGGGUUUGAACAGCUUCGGCGAAACAGGCAUUCGUGAACAUGCAGGCGAUAGCGAGGCUGCCAUUGUUCACCCCACAGUCGUGGACUCUCUGUCCAAAAAGAACGUCACCCAAAUUUGUGGCGGUGCUCAUCACUCGCUAGCUGUUACCCAUGAUGGCAAAUGCUUGGUCUGGGGUCGGCUAGAUGGUUACCAAACCGGCCUAAAGAUCGAUACUCUCUCAAAUGACGCAGUUAUUAAAGAUGAGCGGGGCCGUCCACGUAUCCUAAUUGAGCCAACUGCGGUACCUGGAAUCAAAGCGAAAGCCGUUGCAGCUGGAUCCGAUCACUCAAUCGCGAUCGACAAUGAUGGCCGCCCCUGGUCUUGGGGGUUUUCUGCCACCUAUCAAACGGGCCAAGGCACACAAGAUGACGUCGAGGUUGCGACUGUUAUCGAAAACACUGCUGUCCGGGGCAAGAACCUCAACUGGGCUGGUGGCGGUGGUCAGUUCUCGGUUUUCACAGAACCUGCGACACUUUGA